AUGUCCCGCUGGUCUGAGUUUCUUUCCCCCUAUGCUUACCGGCUGCAAUACCAGCCGGGCAAGCAUAUGGGCCAUGCGGACGCCUUAAACAGGUGUCCACUGCCCCUCAUGCUUUCCGCCCCCGCCCCCUCCGUGGCCUCCGGCGUCUUCCUAAUCGACAACCUGGAGCUGCCACUCUCCGCCUCGGACAUUGCCACCUCCACCGCCUCCGACCCCCUCCUCUCCCAUGUUUUAGACGCCGUUUGCCGGGGCUGGAUGGUGGAUUCUCGCUCUCCCGAGUUCCUGCCGUUCCUCCGCCGCUGCACCGAACUUUCCGUCCUCCAGGGCUGCCUCCUCUGGGGUUCCCGCGUGGUCGUGCCACCUACCCUGCGCCAGCUGGUGCUCCGUCGGCUCCACGAGGAUCACCUGGGCAUUGUCCGCAUGAAGGCCCUUGGCCGUGGAUAUGUCUGGUGGCCCUCCAUGGAUGCCGACAUCGCUGGCUGGGUGCAGCGGUGCCCACCCUGCCAGGCUGUUUGGCCCGCCCCACCCUCCUCCCCUCCCCGGGAACGGGAAACCCCCUCCUCUCCCUGGAGCCGCCUACAUGCGGACUUCUUCAGCCCCAUUGAUGGUCGCUCCUUCCUGUUAGUAGUAGAUGCCCUCUCCAAGUGGGUGGAAGUCAUCCACCUCCGCUCAGUCACCUCAGCUGCCACCAUCCAUGCCCUGGAGUGCCUUUUCUCCACCCACAGCCUCCCUGAUACAUUGGUGACCGACAAUGGUCCCCAAUUCACCUCCGUAGAGUUCCGCCUUUACCUCGCCAGCCUGGGCAUCCGCCAUGCCCUGGUGGCUCCCUACCAUCCCACCAGCAACGGCAUGGUGGAGCGCGCUGUUCGCUCCGCCAAGGAGAGCCUGGCCCGACUGAGCCCCUUGCCCUGGCCUGCCCGCCUGUGCACCUACCUUCGAGCCCAGCACUCCACCCCCUAUGCCACCACUGGAAAAACCCCUGCCGAGGUUCUCAUGGGCCGUCGCCUCCGCACCACCCUGGACCGGCUGCACCCCCACUUCUCACCCCUCUCCACUUCCCUGGAGUCUGCCCCCAGGGCUUUCCGAGUGGGGGAGGAGGUCUAUGCCCAAAAUUACUCAGGAGAGCCAAAAUCCCUGGAAGGACUGCAGGCUUUCAGCAGCUUGGAAGAGCUCAUUCUGGACAACAAUCUUCUCCAAAGUGACCUCCACUUACCCAGCUUGCCACACCUUCAUACCUUGAUGCUCAACAAGAACCAAAUAACAGAGCUGGAGGGCUUGCUGGAUCACUUGGCUGAAGUUGCACCUUCCCUGGAGUUCCUUAGUUUGCUGGGAAAUUCAGCCUGUCCAAACGAGCUGGUCUGCAAAGACAAGGAUGAGGGAGAUUACCAGAGAUACAGGUGA